AUGUCGUCUGUUCUAGACGAGCUCGAAGCAGACUCUCCUACUCCACCACCACUCACAGAAAAUGAGGAAAAUGGCAUGGAAGUAGAAGAAUUAGUAAAGACAGAGAAGCCAAGCAAUGGACAAGAUGCGGUCCCAAUCGAGUCAGUAACUCCGAGAAGCAACGGAGAAAAAGAAAAUGUGUCAGACAAGGAAAACGCCUCCGAACCAGCAUCUCAAGAAAACGAAGAAGCGAGCCAAGAAAGCCUAGAAAAACCAGAAUUACCGAGCGCGAAAGAAAAGGGGAAACGACGACCUUCAGAAGGGACGAAAGCCACUGCCACGCCGCCCACCAAGCGGCCAAGAAGAUCGGUCCCGGCAAAGAAAAAGGACGAAGAAGCGGAAAAGACCGAAACGCCGAAGAAGAACAAGCCGAAGCCAAAGACUCCCAGUCGAAAGAAGAAAGAGGAGGAGGAGGAAGAAGAUGUCCUCGAGUGUGAAUAUCUCAAGGGCGAAAUUAUCGCAGUCAGAGCUGAGGAGGGCAACUUUUACCUCGCCGAAUGCAUAUCAAAUAUCACAGCCGAAGAUCUCGAGCGCUCAGAGACUUUCAAGGUUCAAUGGUUUGAUGUAACCGAAGACGAAGAUGUGUUCCAACGAAGCUACAACGACGUCGUCGAUCACCGGACGAUCAUUUGCGAGCGGCCCGAAAUGAAGAAGGAAAUAAAACGCAAGCUAGAAAAGUGCCUUGGAGGCAAUCCUGUUACUUCUUCCGACGAGGACAUGGCCGAUGAAGAUAUGCCAGAAGUGCGGCUCUCCGGAGACAAACCGGUGAAAAAGUUCAACAAGAAGUCGACGAAAAAGACGGAAAAGAAGAAAGGAUCUUUCGCUAGAACGCCCCUUGGAACGCCUAAGCCAUACCUGGCGAAGAUUCCCAUGAGCGACAGUCCACGAGCAGGACUUACAAUGGCUGCGGAAACUUCCCCUCCGAAGCCAAAAUUAAAGAAAUCUGAAACUCCGAAGCGAACUCCCAAAACCGGCAAAAUUGUAAACCAGAAGAAAGUCUACGCCAGUGCUGGGGAAACUCGUCGCGGCCGCCCACCAAUUCAUGAGACGGAGUACAUCCCAAAUAGCGCAUCUCAAGAUGAUGCUGAUGAAGGAGAGAUUCAGUUCGGAGAGAAUGAUCCCACGCCGAUCGGGUCUUUUUCAAAGACUGAUAUGGAGCCUGAUUACGUCAAAUUCGAUAGCGCAGAGGACCCGGACAAGAAUCUCAAGCCUAAUUCAAGCAUUCACUUGUUGGAACACGACCCCGCAUUUACUGCGUCUGGAAAUCCAUUCAACUUGCCCGAUGAAGUUCUUGCCAUCAAACCAAUGCUUCAACGAGACUUCGAUGCGUUCAACAAAAUGCUUGAAAACGCGCAAAUUCAAGGCUUCCGAGGACCAGAUUGCAAAAAAACUGUUCUUCAUUUCGCCCUCGAUUCCAACGACGAAGAAUUCGUCAAGCCCCUCCUUGCUCAGCUGUCUGAGAUAAAAUCCGAGCUGAUCGAAAAGUUCUACAACGAAAAGUCAAAGGAUGAAAUGAAAGGCAACAGAGGAUUGAAUAGACCGAUGGUCUGGGGAGUCGACUGGUCCGACAAAGAAGUCGCUGCUGAAAUAGCUUCCUAUGCCUGCAGCGUUGGAUGCACCCCCGAAGUCCUCGAAAUUCUCUGGUCAGGCUAUCCUCUGAUAAAAGAAACGAGUAUGAAACAACUCCUUCUUGAGCGAGUCUACGUUGCGCUUGAAAAUGGUCAUAUUGGAACAGCGAAUUUCCUCGUAGAAACCGCCUCUGUUACGAAAGGCUGUGGUAUUAAUUUCUCCGAGCUUCAGUUGAGCUCGCUUCGACAAACGAAAGACAAGAACCACGCCUUCAACGUAAAUAUGAAUAUGGCCCAGGUCCGAAAGAAGGAACCAACGAAUAUGCGCAUCACGGCCAUGCACACAGCCGCUUCUAAUCCCAACGGAGGAUUCAUCAGCCGAAUGCUUUCAAGCGUCCCAGAUGCCUGUUCAAAUCAGGACGAACGAGGUCGAAAACCAAUUCACUACGCUGCUACAGCUACCACUGGUGAAUGUCUGAAAACACUCUUCCAGGAUAAAAGUCGAUUUCACAACAUUGAUGAUGGCGAUAAAGACGGUAUUACACCAUUGAUGCUUGCUUCAAAGCUCGGCCGAUUGAACAACUCUAGCGUUAUCAUCGAAAAAGCUGCGAAACUCAAGCUCAACGUCAACAACUUCGUCAACCGUGGAGACAACAACAACUACUCUCCUAUCCACUACGCCGCCGAAAAUGGCCAUCAGCUUCAAGUUGAGAUGCUCUUGUCAAACAAUGCCGAUGCAAACAAACACCUAUCGAUCAAAAAGCAACGACUGACUCCGCUCAUGCUCGCUGCUCGAGCUGGACAUCAAGACGUUGUCAAGGCGCUCAUUAGUCACGGCGGAAAGAUUGAGAAGCGAGACUCGCUCGAGCGAACUGCACUCAUGCAUGCUGCCGCCAAUGGUCACUACCCACUCGUCGCGCUCUUGCUCAACAAAGGAGCUGAUCCAAAUUUGUCCGAUGUCGCUGGAAACACAGCUUUGCAUUACGCCGCUGCUUAUGGCUGGUAUCACAUUGUACAGCUUCUUCUCCAAGGAUCAGCUAAUUCCGAUAUCGUGAACAAUGAGCGACUUUCCCCACUUGCUGUUGCUCUUCUCAAGAGAAAAGAUGAUAUUGCCAAGUUGUUGUUCAACCAGGGAGCUGAUGCUAAUGUGACAGAUGAUAAGAAACAGACACUUCUCAUCGGACUCGUUGGCCAUCUCCCUGACGAUGGCGUUCUCGAACGAAUCAACUAUAUUUUGCAACACUUCACUUCAAGCAUGGAUCAUCAGGACAUACACGGCUACACUGUGCUGCACCAUCUCGCAACAAUCAAAACCGACAAGACUGAUGCUCUUCUCGAAGCAGCGAAACUGUUCACUUCACACGGCUGUGAUGUCAACAUUCGUGAUUUCAACCAUCGCUCGUGCUUGUUCCACGCUGCCAAAGCUCAGAACAUCGAACUCUUGCAGAUGUUCAUCAAGAACUCUUCCGGUAAAUGUCCAGAUGUCGCUGCUGUCGACGAGAAAGGCGAGAACUUCAUGCACAUUAUGGUGCGAAUGUGGACCAAGCCACAAACUGUGGAGAUAAUAAAAAGUCUCGCUGUUGCUAGUCCCCAGCAAAUCAGCGAGCUUUGCAAUCAGAAAUCUAAGAGUGGAUACACUCCUCUUCUGCUUGCUUGCAAGCUCAUUUCUGCCGAUCCAGAAAUCAAGAAAGCGACCGUAAGCGAGUACGCAGCAGAGCUGAUUGAAACUCUCAUCACAACUGGCAAGUCUGAUCCUUCUGCUACAGUCGCCAAAGCAAAGUCGUCGAAGCUAGCUCACAAAGAAGAAGAUACAACUGCAGCGCACUAUUUAGCAGCCGGUAAAUCCGUUCAAGUUCUUCGAGUCCUUCUCGAGCACAAGCCACGUCUUGAGUGUACCGAUAAAACCGGAGCGACACCUCUGAUUCAUGCUCUCCGGAAUUCGGAUUCAGCCAAUGUCAUUGCGCUCCUCAAUGCUGGCGCGUCCGUCAAUUUUGUUCCAACUUCUGGCAAGGACUUUUCUUUCAACAUGGCUCCUCUUCUUUUCGCUUGCAAGAUCCAUGGACCGGAGAAGAACCUGAUGCAAGCACUCAAGCUGAUGUUCGAAAAAAUCUCUGAUGUCAACUCUGUUCCUUCUUGCCCGGAAACUGGACUGACUCCUCUCAUGCUCGCAUGUACUUAUUCUCAGGACACUGAACUCGUAAGGCUUUUGCUCUCGAAGAACGCAAGUGUAAAUGCUACAGAUAAGCAAAAUCGAACGGCUCUUCAUCACGCUGUCUUAUCUACCGAAAUCCGCAAGCACGUGUCUGAGAUAAUCGAAAUUCUCCUCGAUGCGGGUGCUUCUACAAGUGCUGAAGAUCAAGAUGGCAAGACUCCACUUCAUAUGGCAUUCCAGGCCGGUCAUGAUCCGAUGCCAAUGAUUACGCUUCUAAUCGAAAAGAUGGACGACGUUGAGAUCGACAGUGGAGACAACAACAAACGAACUGCCCUUCACCUCGCCGCUGAAACUGGGGCAAUCUGCUGUAUCACCACUUUGGCCAAACGAAAUGCCAAUCUUAACGCUCGAGACAAAGAUGGAAACAGCCCUCUUGCGCUCGCUAUCAAAAACGAGCACGAAGCAGCCACCGCCAUGCUCUUACAACUCGGAUCAAACUUGAAGGUCAACAUCGUUUAUGUCCCAAAAUCUGAUGUCACAGAAAAUGAAACGCAAUUCUGGACCAAUAGAAAGCCAGCUCCAGUUGCGGUAAUUGAGUCGAAACCAGCAAUUCAAGUUGUUAUUGAUCACAAAUGGUUAAACAUCAUGACUUGGAUGCUCUCUUCCAUUCUUGAUGGCGGAGCAGAAGCCAUGGAAACUGAUAACGCCGAAGAUGUCACAUUCAUCAACAUUAUCGAAGCCGCUGCAGUUGUCGGUGAUUUCGAAACGUUCAAAGUUCUUGUGAGACAGCAGAAGAACAACGGAGACUUCAAGAAAGCCAACAAGUCCAGUCAAAACCUCCUGCACAUUUUGGCCAUCUAUUCGUUCGGUCAAUGCCCAGCCCAAAUCAAAGCCAUCGCCGAUCUGUUGAUCGAGAAAGGCGUCAGUGUUGAUGAUGCGGAUAAGUUCGGUAUCACCCCUCUCCACUACGCAGCUUACAACAAAUCUGCCUCUCUUGUCGAGACUAUCAUGAGAACUCCAAACAGUUCCGCGCUCCUUGAAGCAUUCGACGACGGCUGCAGAACGCCAACUCUCGCACUUUUCUGGAACGAGAACUUGAACGAUUCUGAAUCAGUUCGUAUUCUCAACGAAUUCAUCGGAUCGAUGGGUGAUAUGUCUGGUGACAUUUUGACGCCUCUCACGUCAAUGCCGACUAAUGAAGCAUAUGAAAAGGUUGAUGCUAAUGGACGAAUCGAAUUCUACCAGAACCCGCCAAAGGACUCCUAUCUUCAAAUGACACCACUCCACAGAGCAAUGUUUGCUGAUGCUUCAUUGAUCAUCGAUAAACUUCUCUCAAUCGAAGUUGAUAUCAACUUGCAGUCGUUAGACUGUCAAUCAAAGACACCAGUCAUGAUUGCCGUGGAGCGAAACAACAUCUCGGCUGUCAGAAGACUUUUGGAAUGCACCAAGCAUCCGCUUUUAUUCUCAUGCACUGAUGACAACUGCAGAACAGUUCUCCAUCAUCUCUGUCGACAAAGCGGUUCUGGAUGGGGCUAUUGGGAGAACACAGACAUCCUCAAACUUCUUCUUGAGCGAAAUAACUCACCAUCUGACCAGGACGUCGAUGGAAAGACGGCGCUCGACUACGCACUCGAGGGUGGAAGUGGAAAACUUGCUGAAGUCAUACAAGACGUUCUAAAUGUACCUGAAGGCUCUCGAAAGAAACCAAAGGCAAUUGGUGUAAAGCUCGACAAAACUACAAAGUCUUCAUUCAAAAACGUUGACUAUAAGACAGAUUCUGCUUCGAUCGUCGACAAGAUAAUGAUUGACGAAUCAGAAACGAAGAAAGCUCAUCCGGAAGUCGACGGACUUUCGGAAAUGGCCGAUUGGGGACAGAUCAUUGAAGAUCUGACCACAGGUCUUCAUGGAGAUGUCCUUCUGGCAAAGGUCGAGGCAAAGCCUGACGGAUCUGCUGUUGAGUCGUUCACUAGAAUGCAAAUUAUCGGCCACAAAUUAAGUCGCCAGUGGGUUCUCUUCACCCGAACCGGUGAUGCUGGGGAAGAAGGUGAGCGAAAGAUCACUCCUUUCCAAGUCCCUGAGAACGCCAUCCGCGAGUUUAUGAAACAGUACAAGAUCAAAACUGGUAACGAUUGGACCAAUCUGCCAGAGUUCCGACGAUGCACCAAAACUACUGAUCUCGAAUUCGACCUUGCAACUGACGCAGUGUCCAAUCUCGCUGAGCCUGUGCAAGAAAUGUUCCUUGAAUUGACAAAUAUCCAAUUCUUGAAAGCCGUCGCGCAGAAAUCAACACUCUUGGACUCGACUAUCAUGCCUUUUGGCCGAUUAAACAAGGAAAAUCUCUUGGGAGCACUCGAAAAACUCUUUGAUGCGAAAGAUAUUGCUCUGGCAAUGCAGGAAACUCUCCACCCUGUUGGCCAUAAUCAAAUUGAUACAAACAGACUCCAGUGGUUCCUUGAGCAGUCCAUGAACGUCACUUUCGAGUUCCAAAAGCUUAUCCCUCAGCCUGGCGCUCUUCUCGACAGAAUCAGGAUCAUAUCAGAUCUUAACAAGAUCGAGGAGCUCAUUCAGCUCACACGAGGACUUCUGAAGCUGGAAUUCGCCAACCAGUUGCUUCUGGGAGCUCAGUACAGAAUAAACGACGGAAAUCCAAUUGAUUAUAUUUAUGAGGCGCUGGACUGUGUGAUCGUCCCGCUUGAGCGUAAAUCUGCCGAAACUCGUGCAAUUUUGAGCUUGAUCGAAAACUCUGGUUCGAACUCAAGAAUUCAUCACAUUUUCAAGUGUGAACGCGGCGAGGAUGUCGAAUCUAUUGCUUCUAGCAAUAUUGACAGCCACAGACUUCUUUGGCUCCCUGCAUCCUUGUCCGAUAUUUUCCAUACUCUUGGAAAAGGAGUUGUCUCUCCUCAGCGAAAAACCCCCGCAAAACCACCAACUCGCUAUCGAAGAGACAAGGAUCUUCCGGAAGACGAGCCUUGCCAUGUCUUUUACGAAAUGUUCAACGAUAUCAACGCGGCCCAGUUCUCAAAUGAAUGCAAAUAUGCAUUCCUUUGCCAGGUUGCAAUGGGAAAGAACCAAAAGGUCGGUGGUUCCAUUCCAAAAUCUCGUCCUUCAAUGGAUCACGAUUCAUUUACCGUCGAAGGUCGUGAUUGCUUUGCCGCUGACGGCAAAGAGCUUGUUACUCCACAAGGCGCAAAGCUAUCCCUCGGACAACGAGUUCAAGUCGACCAGGAUCCAUCAAAAUACCCAAGCAACAGGGUUGUUAUUUAUGAAUCCGAGCCGCAACAGGUUGCCGUCCGCUACCUUGUCCGAUUCUCCGACGCGUGA